ACACACAAGUUUCGUUUUCACUUUCAUGUCUACUUGGUCAGGUUCUUGUUCGCUACAAAUUGUACAGCAAAGAUGAUACACUUCUUUUUUAUUUUUUUAUUUACUUUUUCGAACGCAGAACCUCAUUCUGUUCAUCGCCAUUGUAUUGCCUCCCAGGGAGUUUCAUAUCACAAACACAUCCAGUUUGUAAUGUUGGAUGAUCACAUAAUUUAUUACUACAACAGUUCCUCUGACCUUGGUACCCCAAUGCCAGAAUGGCUGAACCAUUCUGAAGGCAGUGAGUUCUGGAAGAAACUUACUCGGAACCUGAAAUACAAUCGACAUGUAAUGGAAAAAGCAGUCCAGCUAACAAGUGAACGUUUCAACCAUUCACAUGAUCAUUUGUAUCAAGCUCAGGGUCACUGUGGUUGGAAUUCAGACGGAACCAGGGUGGCACUCAUGAGCCACGCUUAUGAUGGCAAAGAUUUUAUCAGUUUUGAUGUGCAGACUAAACAAUGGACAGCUGUAGUUCCUGAAGCUCACUUUUACAAAACAUCAAGGGAGCAAAAUUCUGAAGAUCUUGAUCGAAUUACCAACCAUUACGAAUCUGAAUGCAUCCUUUGGCUCAAGAAACUGUUACAGUUCGGUUCUAAAUUGCUGAAAUCCAAAGCUCCUGAUGUCAGCCUGUUUGAAAGAUCUAGCAGCUCUGAUGUGGAGGUCACAUGUCAUGUGACAGGGUUCUACCCCAGGGAGGUGCAGGUGGAGUGGCUGGAUGAGGAGGGGCACCCCCUGGUGCAGGGGGUGAGGAGAGGAGAGGUGUUGCCCAAUGAAGACGCUACCUACCAACUGAGGACCAGUCUGGCUGUCCCACUGGGAUCCAAGCACUCCCUGAGCUACAGCUGUCUGGUGGUCCACAGCAGUGUCCAGGGGAACAUCACCAGGAUCUGGGAACCCAAGCACUCAAGAAUUUGGAAUACUUGGAGCAUCUCGAUCUCCAUCUGUUUGCCGCUGCUGCUCUGUUCUGGGUUGGUGGCUGUAGGCGUCAUUUUUGUACGGAAUGGGCAUUAUUUACUUGUCCGUAAUUAACUGAGGAGUGAUCUUAACCAAUUUAACUGUUACUUGUUGUUUGCUUAUACUAAAUAAGUCAAUUGCAUCCAGUUUCAACUAACAAAUAUCAAUGAGACAAGGGUCUGUAGAAAGGUUUUCUGUUUUGACAUGCGUAUGAUGUCAAAUUAUGUUUAUUUGUUUACAAUGUGGCUGGGUGGAGGGACUGCAGGGAUUUUGUAGUAUAUUUUUGAUAAUGAGUGCUUGUACUGUAUUUAUGGUGACGUUUUCAGAAUACCACCUAUAUAUCCAACACUGAGGUCAUUAAUGUAACAUAGACACACAUUUUAUGUGUUAUGUUAUUUACAUCUUAGACGAACAAUCCAAUUGUAGCCUACAUAAAUCAUGUAGGCCCAGGCUACAAUAGGAUUGUUUGUCUGAGACAAUUGCUUACACAAUAAAUGUGUUUAAAGACUGUAU